AUGGGCAGCUGGGCUGAUGAGCUAAUGCUGAAAAAGCUGAUUUAUGAGAAUAAUCUACAGCAGCUUGGUUUGGAGGAUGAAAAGACCAUGACUAGCAUGAACAAUAUGGCUCUUACAUUGAAGCAGCAGGGAAAGCUGGGUGAAGCUGAGAAGCUGGAUACACAGGUGCUGGAGGCAAGGAAAAGGGUGCUGGGCCCUGAGCACCCAGACACCUUGACCAGCAUGAAUAAUCUGGCAGGCACAUUGAUGCAGCAGGGAAAGCUGGGUGAAGCUGAGAAGCUGAAUACACAAGUGCUGGAGGCAAGGAAAAGGGUGCUGGGCCCUGAGCACCCAGACACCUUGACCAGCAUGAAUAAUCUGGCAAGCACAUUGUGGCAGCAGGGAAAGCUGGAUGAUGCAGAGGAGCUGGAGACACAGGUGCUGGAGGCAAGGAAAAGGGUGCUGGGCCCUGAGCACCCAGACACCUUGACCAGCAUGUAUAAUCUUGCAACUACUCUGCAUGGCAUGGGAAACAAGAAAGCAGCUAUCCAACUGAUGACUGAGACUGUUGUAAUGCGUCAAAAGGUUCUGGGUGACAAUCAUCCUUACACUUCACGGAGCAUGAAGUGGUUGAAUCACUGGAAAGCAGAUGAGAAAAGGGAGGAGUAG